CACUCAGAGCCUAACUUCAUCCCCCGGGUAAGAAUACUAGAAUUUCUUCUUGGAGGCUAAAUAAAGAAAAGGUUAGUUUUCCUGCUGCCGCCUAAGGCUCCUCUGGCCAGAACAGCGGAGUCAUAGCUACUUCCGCUCCCAGCGGCCCCGAGACCAGAAGCGGAAGUGCGCGCGGCGGUGGCUGUCUGCGGCUAAGCUGCGCGGCGCGGCGAGGUGGGAGUGUCUCCGGCUGGUCUGCAGAGUCUUGCUCUGUGACCCAGGCUGGAGUGUGGUGGUGGGAUCUGGGCUCACUGCAGCCUCCACCUCCCAGGUUCAAGCGACUCUCUUGCCUCAGCCUCCUGAGUAGCUGGGAUUACAGAUGCCUGCCACCAUGCCCAGUUUCACCAUAUCGGCCAGUUUGGUCUUGAACUCCUGACCUCAAGUGAUCCACCUGCCUCGGCCUUCCAAAGUGCUGGGAUUACAGGGAGGACACCUACUGAGACCUCAAACCCUGGCUCCAGUGCCAUGGAAUCAGUCACCUUUGGGGAUGUGGCCGUGGAGUUCAUCCAGGAGUGGAUGUUGCUGGACAGUGUGCGGAGGAACCUGUGCAGAUAUGGGAUGCUGGACAAGUGCAGGAGCCUGGCCUCCAGGGCCUGGGAAUCUCAACUUAAACCCAAAGAGUUGCCUUCUAUGCGGGAUAUUUUGGAAGAAGCAUCCUCCAGGGACAUGCAAAUGGGGCCAGGGCUGUUCCUGAGGAUGCAGCUGGUGCCGUCCAUGGAAGAGAGGGAGACACCAUCAACUCAAGAGGACUGGCCAGCUCUCCAGGAGCCACCUUGGUUUCCGGGAUGCAUGGGACCGAAGGCCGCUGUGCAGAUUCAAAGGACGGUGAUGCCAGUGCCCACGCUGGGCCACCCUGACCCGUGGGUGGCUGGGAAUUCUGCUGUGUCCCCAGGGUGCCCUGCCUGGCUUCAGGAGGACAGAGUAGAGGAAGAAACCAUGGCUCCUGGGUUGCCAACCGCCUGUUCACAGGAACCAGUCACCUUUGCAGAUGUGGCUGUAGUGUUCACCCCAGAAGAAUGGGUGUUUCUGGACUCUACUCAGAGGAGCCUGUAUAGAGAUGUGAUGCUGGAGAACUACAGGAAUCUGGCCUCUGUGGCAGGUGAUCAACUGUGCAAACCCAAUGCCUUGUCUUAUUUGGAGCAAAGAGGAGAGCAAUGGACCACUGAGAGGGGAGUCAUCUCAGACAUCUGUCCAGAACCUCAACUUCAGCCCCAAGAGGCAAUACCUAGCCAAGAUACUUUAACGGAGAUUCUGUCCAUUGGCAUGAAAGGGGAGCAACCUCAGCCUGGAGAAAAACUCUAUAAAUAUAAUGAACUUGAGAAACCUUUUAACAGCAUUGAACCACUUUUCCAGUACCAGAGAAUUCAUGCUGGAGAGGCCUCCUAUGAGUGUCAAGAGAGUAGAAAUUCCUUCUUUCAGAGUGGUCACUUAAUUGUGCCCGAGAAAAUCCAUAGUGGGGAUAAAACCUAUGCAUGUAACAAAUGUGAAAAAUCCUUCAGAUACAGCUCUGACCUUAUCAGGCACGAAAAGACUCAUACUGCAGAGAAGUGCUUUGACUGUCAAGAAUGUGGGCAAGCCUUCAAAUAUUCCUCGAAUCUUCGGCGACACAUGAGAACUCAUACUGGAGAGAAGCCAUUUGAAUGUAGUCAGUGUGGGAAAACCUUCACGAGGAACUUUAACCUGAUUUUGCACCAGAGAAACCACACAGGAGAGAAGCCCUAUGAGUGUAAAGAUUGUGGGAAAGCCUUCAAUCAGCCAUCAUCCCUUAGGAGCCACGUGAGAACUCACACUGGAGAGAAGCCCUUUGAAUGCAGCCAGUGUGGGAAAGCCUUCAGGGAACACUCUUCACUGAAGACACAUCUGCGAACCCAUACCAGAGAGAAACCAUAUGAGUGCAACCAGUGUGGCAAGCCCUUCCGGACGAGCACUCAUCUGAAUGUGCACAAGAGGAUACACACAGGGGAGAAACUGUAUGAGUGCGGGACUUGCGGUCAGGUCUUGAGUCGUCUUUCAACCCUGAAGAGUCACAUGCGAACUCACACUGGAGAGAAGCCCUAUGUGUGCCAGGAAUGUGGGCGAGCCUUCAGUGAGCCCUCAUCCCUUAGGAAACAUGCAAGGACUCACAGCGGCAAAAAGCCCUAUGCAUGCCAGGAAUGCGGGCGAGCCUUUGGUCAGUCUUCACACCUUAUUGUACAUGUGAGAACACACAGUGCCGGGAGACCCUAUCAAUGUAAUCAGUGUGAGAAAGCCUUCAGGCACAGCUCCUCACUCACUGUACACAAAAGAACCCACAUGGGAAGAGAGAACAUCAGGAAUGGCAGCCUGCCUUUAUCCAUGUCUCAUCCAUACUGUGGGCCCCUUGCUAAUUAACUUCCAUUUUGUAAAAAUGUAAACAUAUGGGGCUAUGACUUUCCAUCAUAAUACUCCUUUAGCUGCAUCCCAUGUUUCAAUACAUAUUUUCAUUUUGGUUUAAUUGUAAGUAUUGUCUUAACUUCCAUUAUCAUUUAUUGUCUGAUCUAUCUAUUAUUUGGAAUUAGAUUUUUCAAAACUAAUACAUGGAUAUAUUUUCAUAGAGGUAUAAUGACUUAUAGUGAAAUGCACACAUCUUAAGUGUACAGUAGAUUAAUUUGACAGAUGCAUACAUGCAUACAGAUGCAUGUAACCAACACCCCAUUCCUGAUACAGAAUGUUUCUGUCAUUCUGGAAGUUUCCUGCAUGUUGUAUGAUUAUUUCUUAGUUGCCGUUUUUUUUUUUUUUGUUGGUUUCUAAUUUAAUUACAUGGUGAGGCGACUAUGUGGCUUCUUUGUUAUUGAGUCUUAGGUAUUUGCUGAGAUUUGCUAUUAGGUCUGGUGUGGCUUAUUCUGCUCGCCAUCAGCCAAAAUUGUUCCUUCCUCCUUAGAAAGGAACCUGGGUUUUCUGUUCAUAUUGGUAAUGUGCACUAUUAAAAAGCUUCCAUCUGCCAGCCAGGCACAGUAGCUCACACCUGUAAUCCCAGCACUUUGGGAGGUCAAGGUGGGUGGGUCACCUGAGGUCAGGAGUUUGAGACCAAGCCUGGCCAACAUGGUGAAACCCUGUCUGUACUAAAAAUACAAAAAUUAGCUGGGUUAGGUGGCACACACCUGUGAUCCCAGCUACUUGGGAGGCUGAGGCAGGAGAAUUGCUUGACCCCAGAAGGUAGAGGUUGCAGUGAGCUGAGAUCUCACCACUGCACUCUGGCCUGGUCAACAGAGUGAGAACUCUGUCUCAAAAAAAAAGCUUCCAUCUCCCAGCCCUUUUUGUGAGCAGGGGCAGGCCAUUUCCUCCAGUCCUGGCUAGUAUGAAUAUGAGAAGUCACUGGAUGUCACUCUGGGGAAGUUGUACAGGGAUGGUUUCAUGUAGCCAUGUCUCUUCACUUCUUGCCCUUUGGACAAGCAGACCUGAUGUCUAGAGCUAGAGGAGCCCUCCUAUGACCAUAAAGGUAAAAGCCACAGGCUAAGAAGAGUGUGGCUGGAAGUCACAGCCAUCUUGAUUCCCUAAUCUAAAAAAUAUUUAGAAUAUAUUUAAUGGAAUUGACGUAUUUGUGUGAUUGCAGCACCCCUGGACAAUUUAUUUCUGGAUCUCCCACACAUGAAAAAUAUGCACUUCUUACUGGUACAAGAUUUUUUUUUUUUUUUGGUGGGGGGUUUAUUUCAGCUGAAUAUAAUCCCUAACUGAUGCACUUAGUAUAUGUUAAUUUUUAUAAAUGCUUCAUGGGUGGUUGAAGUCAAUGUAUUAUAUUCUACAGAUGUCUGCUAGAUCAAACAUAUGUGUUUAAAAACCAUCUACACAUUUAUAAAUAUUGAUCUGUAAUCUAUCAUUUUUGAGAUAGAUAUUAAACUCUCCCACCAUGAUUUUUAUGGAUUGCUGAAAAAUCUUUGUCAUUCUGUCAGUUUUUAAAUUUAUGUACAUACAUACAUAUGUUUUGAAUCAAUGAAAUUAAAUAUAGAUACUGACACUUUUUACAUUUCCA